GACUCACCAGUAUGGGGUCAUCAUGCCUCCUGUGUCCUCCUCCCUAAUUUCUUCUGGAGCUGUUUCAACAAACUGUUCUUUUAGGGCAUUUUUUUCUUCUCUCGCAUGUAUGGCUCAUUUGCCAUUUUGAAGCUUGUGUCUCCAAACGAAAACAUGAUGUGGAAAAAGAGUUUUCUCAUGUUCCUUUUCUCUCUCUCAGUUCAAAGAGCUGCCCUGGAUUGUGAAUGGAGGAACAAACUCCUUUCUCCAAGUUUGAACUCAAAAACAAAUGCAGUCACGAGGGGUCAAAAUGUGUCUUUAAUUUGUUCCAGCCGGAACCCAUCACUACAGAUCACCUAUCUUUUGUUUCGGCAUGAGAAGCACCUGAGAACCCAGGAAGGCAAAGGUGAACCCAUGAUUUUUAACCUAAGUGUCUCAGAAGCCCAUGAUUUGGGUCCCUACAAAUGCAAAGUCCAAGUUUCUAACUGUUCAGUUAUCAAAUACAGUCGUGAGUUCAACUUCACCUUUGUUGACCCAGUGAUUACACCAGUGCUGAAUGUUAACGUCGUUAAAAUAGAAACAGACCGACAUAUAAUACUGCAUUGCAUCUCAUUCAACGGCUCUCUGCCCAUCAAUUAUACUUUCUUUGAAAAAGAUACUGCCAUAUCACCAGCCAUUUCCAAGUACGUAAGGGAGCCUGCUGAAUUCAACUUAACCAAGAAAAGCACUGGCGGAAGGGAAGAGUAUAGGUGCAAAGCUGAAAACAAAUUGCCUGACCACACAAAAUACAGUCAACCAGUCUUCAUCAAUCCCUGGACAGGAGGAGGCAGCUGUCCUUUCUGUCUGCAGCUACUGCUUCUGGGAUUAUUGCUGGUGCUAAUGGUAAUAAUCCCAAUUCUGACAUUUUGGAUACUACCAAAGUACAGAGCAGGAAAAGCUAUGAGAGAUCAGGCACCCAGAGACAAUGGAAAUACACCCAUGGAAAUUGGAAUAUACGCAAAUGUCUGUGAAACUCAAGCAGACUCUGUGCCAGGCUUGGAACCAAGGCAGUGUGUUCACACAGCCCAAGAUGGAACUGGACACUCCCAGGAGAUACAUUAUGCUACCCCCAUGUUCCAGGAGGUGGCACCUGGAGGUCGUGAAGCCUAUAAUGAUUGUAAAACUGGGUCUAUCUAUUCUGAGCUCAUCAGAAGAUGACAUUUAAAGCUACAAGCUACAUCUCAGACAACCCUGCUAAACUCUCUUCAACUUAAAUAACUUAACUGUAGAUGUUCUUACAUUCUGGAGACCGGAGAGCUACUGCUGCCGUUACCCUGGUUGCCUCCUGCCACAACAGCCUCAGGCCCAGAAACUGGAGGCUCGACAUGGGAUGUGGAGUUCUGCCACCGCAGACAUUUGCUUCUCAGCGACAACCACCACCUUCCCUUCUACUUCCCAGAUCCCACGCACGCGUGUCUAAAUGGAAGACAUUCACAACCACACACACCCUGGCAGUAAGGGAAUUGUAAUUUUUUAGGUUUCUGAUGCCACCAAAUAGGAGGCUCAUGAUGACACUUAAGAGAGCCAAAGAAUCUACUACAUUAGCCAAAAUAGCAAUCAAGACUGAGGGUACAGUGAAGGCAUUUUAAGACAAAGACUGAGAAGGAGGUUUUCCAAUCACGUUCUCAGUGAAAGAAGUACGCCGUAUACUUGAAGAAGAAACCUGAACACAGAGAAAGGGUGUAAGAUUCAAGAACAUUCAUAGAGUAAACAUAAAUGGCAGAAGGCAGGGGGGCAGAAAGAGAGGUGUGCAUAAGGUUUGCAAACAUUAUAAGGCUACUUGAUGGGGGGCUUAAAGUUACCAACCAUGAGAUCAUGACCUGAGCCAAAAUCAAGAGUUGGACGCUCAACUGACUAAGCCACCCAAGUGCCCCUAAGGGAUGUGGGUCUUGGCCACCUCUCUGACCAUCUCCCCUAUGCUCCUCUAUUCCGGCUCCCCUGGCCUGUUUUCUGCUCCUUGAUCAUUCCACACCUUUUCCCUCGUAAGGGCCUUGGCUCUUGCUAGUCCCACCGCCCCAGAUCUUCACACACCUGACCCCUUUGUAUCAUUCAGCCUCAAUUUGAAGGUCAGGUUCUCAGAGCUUCCCUGACAACCUAUGCAAAACACACUACCCAGCCACGAUUUGGCACAUCAUCCUGUUCUAUUACCUACAACACUAUCACUAUCUGAAAUUACCUGAAACUGUCCAUGUGCCUCCUGCUUAGCAUCUGUCCCCACCUGCCCACCCCUGGAAGGGACUUGUCUGUGUUGUUCACCACUACGUCCUUAACACUUACAGUCCCUGGGACUCAGGUGCUCAGAAAGCCUUUUUGAAUGAACAAGAUGAAUAAAUAGAGAACACAUACAAUAACAGGCCAGUCUUCAGGAGAAGCACAAUUAUCUGAGAGAAAUUUCUCCCAUGUUUCCUUACAGGAUGAUGUGGUAUAACAGCAAACAAAUGCCUCCAAAAACACUCUUAUGGCUAAAUCAACAAUGAGUUCACAGGACUAUUUCUUAGUAACAUCUUUCAAUAGAUAUUGGUGUGGUGUAAUAUGUGAGAAGGGUAUUUGGUAAAAACAAAUGUAUUAAAAAUAAUUGGAUUGGAGGGAAAAUACAUCAAAACAAUACCAUGCAAGUGUGCAGCUCUCGGACAGAUUUAAUGGGAACUGCUGCUGGAGUGAGCAUCAGAAAUCACCUGUAGGUUUUAAAAAUAUACUUGUGUGGGCCCAACGGUCAGAGAUUGUUAUCAGAAAGAAUAGGGCUCAAAUAUAUUCAGAUUUUUAAAAGCUCCACAGGGGAUUCUGAUGUAGAACUCCAGCUGGACAUCUGUGAUCUGGAAAAACCUCCAUAAAUAUUACUUACCUCACCUGCAGUGUAAACAUUCUAUGUUGCCAAUCAGUACAGAUGCCUUAGCAGUCAAACCAGGAAUACAAUCUCCUGUGAAGGCUGAGGCCCCUAAAAGGAAAAGGUACCUAAAUAAAGGGACCUGGCAGUACAACGGAGAGCUUUAGAAAAAUGUUUUAAAACUUAAAAAAUUCUUAGUUAUAUUAAAACUAAGUAUUGAACCCCAAAUUGCAAAAAAUGAAAUUUAAACUUUUAAGUAGACAUACAGGGGUCAUAUUGGUAUUGCAAUUCUGAGACUGAUGUAAUUAAGGUAAAAUAAAACAAAUGAGCAGUUGUGAGAUGUGGCUUUCUAAUUUUAUCAUCACCCUCAAUAGUCCUGAGAACUGGGAUUUUAAUGGGAAUACAAAUGUCUGAUAAAAGAGAUUAAGUAAAACCCCUGCAGUCCUAAAGGGCAAGAGGGGGCUUUUUUGGUGUGAUGGAAAUGUUCUAUAUUGUCACUCUGGUAGUAGUUACCCAUUUACCUAAAAUGCAUAAUUUGUACAUUUAAAAUAGGUAAAUUUAUUGAAGAUAAAUUAUAUCUCAGUAAAGCUGAUUAAAACAUAUACAUACACAAACACGCAAACACACACACACGCUAGUUGUGAACACUGAAAAGGCCUAGACACAAAGUCCACUUUCUAACUAUCAGUACCCCUAGUACCCAGAGUACAGCAUCCAAAUACUGUUUUCCAUUAAAAGGAACCAGGGUUUCUUGGAGAAACUCUGAAAUAUACAAUUUCUAGAUCAGACAUUAGAUACCAAGGAAGCUAUCAAACACUACUAAAGUUAUGUCAAAAGGACUCCAGGCCAACUUGAAGAAGCUCCCACUGGCUAAAGAUAGGACAAUUUGAACAUCAAAAGGAACAACUUUAAAGGGGACGAAUCAGCAUUUAUCCUACCUCUCUCAUACCUCUAAGCAAGUAAGAGAUGUUUUUCCUUACAGAAGUAUUCUAACUAAUGAAUGAAGAUGUAAGAAAAUCAGAAUAUCACCAUUUUGCCACCUCUAAUGAACUGACUGACCUAAGCAUUGAUCAACGAUUGAUUGCUAGCAUCCCCAAAAGAGAAACCACCAGACCUAACUGCCUCCUGAUGGGAGAACACAACCUAGGAAAAAUCUUGUCUCCCUGCCCCCGCCCCCAAAUUAAACUUGAAACUGAUCAAGCCUCUGGAUUCAACUUCCACUCUACAGGAAUUAUAUAUAGAGAAGAACAGGUUAAACCCUCAUGGGGAUGCAAUAAGCACGGUCCAAACAGUGACAAAGCCUGUAAAAUAAGCAGCCCAAUUUCUU